GGAGGAGGGGAGGAAAAAAAACAUAGCGAAGAGGAAGAGAGAGUCGCAGGAGGAAGAAGGAGAAUGCACGGCGUCGGGCGAACUCUUCCAUGCUUGUAUCCAGGGCCUUUGUGAAGACACCAUGGGAUGCAUUGGCUCCAGGAGACUGACAGCAGAUGGCGUGCCGGUCCAGAAGGAUGGGGAGCAGCAUGGACGCUCAGAAUUUUCAUGGGAGGGGAUCAAUCUGUCCAUGGAGGACACCACGUCCAUCCUGCCGCGCCUCAAGAGGAACUCAAACGCCUACGGCAUCGGCGCUCUGGCUAAGUCUUCUCUGUCAGGUGUGUCAGGUGUGACGCGCACCAUGAAAGAAAGAGUGACCAAACCCACGGCCAUGGCCCAGGGCCGCGUGGCCCACAUGAUUGAGUGGCAAAACUGGGGCAUGGCGACGGUGGGCGUGGGGGGCCUACCCCAGUCCCGCAUCAGCACCCAGGAGCGGGAAAAGGAGCGGCGGAUGGAGAACGACGCCUACAGCGACCUGAGCGACGGCGAGAAGGAGGCCCGAUUCGCUGCAGGCAUCCUCCAGCAAUUUGCCAUCUCCGAGGCAACCCUCCUGGCCUGGUCGUCGAUGGACGGCGAGAGCCCUCGGUCGGGGUCAAACCAGGGCAGCGUGGCGCAUCUGAGCGAGGUCAACCAGGAGAGUAUCACCAGUCGAGACCAGAUCUUGCAUCACUCCUCAGCCGAGGUGUGGCCUCACACUUACGUCUCCCAAGGACACUACUGCCUCUCCUCCUCGGAUGCUUGGGAGCCCAUCAACAACGACCCAUCCGGCGUGGCGUCUCCCCCCGCCGGCUCCUACCUCGUGGGGACCGAGGGCUACGACGGGCAGGCGGCCGCUCACUUCCUGUCGCAGCAGCAGCAGCAGCAGCAGCAGCAACAGCAGCAGUUUAACCUCCAGCAGCAGAGCCAACUGCAGCAGUUGCAGCAGCUGCAGCAGAUGCAGCACUACCAGCAGCAGCAGCAGCUCCUGCAGUAUCAGCAGCAACAGUCCCUGGAACACCGGCUGCACAGCGCCAACCACUCCUUGCAAGCGACCCCCAACAGCACCAUCCACAGCCUGGUCCACCAAGUGCACCCGCCCCUGGUGGAUCUGUGGAACACGGGCCAAAUGGAGGCCUAUCAGGCGGAGGCCGGAAACUUCAUGGGCACGGCGGCCGUGGUGGAGCCCGGCCUAUGCGUGCCUGCCGGAGACGACCUGGUGGGCAAUGAACACUCGCCGCUGCUGGAGCAGCAGGAGGAAGAAGAGGAUGUCAAGGAUGGAGAGAUGACACUGUGUAUGGAGCCGGACGCCUCCACGCUGACUCCCCCCACGCAUCCAGGGGACGCCUCGGGCGGCAGCAGUCCGGGGCACCCGCCGGCCUCGCCAGUGGGCGAGCAGAAAGCCUGCGACGCCACGCCGGCCGGCCUCGCUCACACGCUGCAAGAGGAGGAGGAGGAGGAAGAAGAGGAGGAGGAAGAAGAGGACGCCGGACGGCAGGAAGAGGGGCCGGCCGCUUCCAUGGCAACCAACUGACUUCCUGGCUGUCACGUGACUCCUCCAUACAAACUGAGCGGAAGUCAGCCGUAGUAAUACAAUAUUUAUCUAUUAUCCUGUUGCUUUUCAGGUAUCGAAAAAACAAAAAAAGAUAUUUUUUUUCCAGGCAGGAUGGAUUGUUUGGGAAUUGCGGACCUGAUGCAACAAACUUUGUAAGCCUUACAUCCCAAAGGUAAACACGUGACGAGAGGAUGAGGAGCUCCACGGACAUGACCAUCAGGGAUCAGGAGGGAGGGGGCGGUGCCGCGUGGGCGUGCUGUGCAGCGGGUCCAUGCAUGCGACCCCAUCAUCCUAUAACAAAGACCGAACGUAUUCAAACAGUAUCAUAGGAAUCCUUUUAUACAGUAAUAGCGCCAGAUGGGGUAAGGGAGCAAGUGUAUGAUAUGAUCAAUUUGCUUCAGUGGAAGUGGGGGCGAUUUUGUUUUUAUGUUCGAACAUUGUGUUCCCCCUACUCACAUCUUCAUGAGUUACGGUUACCCCCCCACCCUCCCACAGAUGAAGACGAUGAACACAAUGAAAACUUCCAUGGCGCGCAUCCUGCUGACAGGCGGGCACGAGCGUGCACACACACACAGACACACACGCACACACACAAUAAAACUGCACAGAUAAGGAUUGUACUGUAAAGAUAA